GGCUGGCCCUCAAAGCCAUUGCCUUUUUCAUGGCGCAGGAUACAGUCGAGACGAUACGAAAUUACCUGUGAGUUUGGCCUGGUUUCAUUUUUGUGGCUUCCUUCGGGGCAGCCUGCUCGCCCACGCGACAAUCGGCGAAAGGAACGUUGCGAGCCUGGUUGUACAAUCACACCUGUGACUGUUCAGCUCUCACUGCGGACUCUAACGCAGCUGGGCAGUGUACACCUGCCGUUUCAUCUCGUUUGAAGAGGCGGCUGCGAUGGCGGAGUCCGCGGCGGAACGGCCGGACCUGAAGGAGAUGGAGGAGGAGGACCUGUGGGAUAUGAUCAAUAACCACCGGCACCGCGUGUCCCUGGACGUCAGGCCCUGCAUGCUCAUCCCCUACCUGCGCCAGGCCCGCGUGCUCAACGAGCUGGACGAGGACGAGAUCCUCAACUGCAUGAAGUUCCCCAACCGCUCCAUGAGAACUAGCCACAUGCUGGACAUCCUGCGGACCCAAGGGUGCAACGGAGCCAUGGCCCUGCUGGAGAGCGUGAUGAUCCACUACCCGGAGCUCUACACCCACAUCACCGGCCGCAAGCCCAUCACAGAGCCCUCGCGCUUCUGCGGGCUGAUUAAGGGCUCGGAGCUGACGGAGUACCUGGUGCGGGCGGUGACCAGCAUGCAGCAGGAGCUGCAGCAGGCGCGGCGGGAGGCGGAGGCCGCGGGGGGGCGCUGCGGCGCGCUGCAGGGGGAGCUGAGCCAGGCGCAGCAGCGCGCCGACACGCUGCAGCAGCUGCAGACGGAGCACGUGCGGCUGCGCAGUCACAUGGCGGGCCUGCACCGCGACGUGCUCAAGCUGAAGGACGAGAAGUGCGACCUGCACGUGCGCUACACCUCCGCCGUGGAGGAGAACUCCGCCCUCAACAUCCGCUGCCGAGACCUGCAGCUGCAGAUGUACCAGCUGCAGUUUGAGCUGCGCAAGGCCCAGACAGAGACGGACUUCCAGAGGGAGCAGUCGCUGAAGUGCAGCUCCCCCAGCGAGGUGCAGCAGCUGAAGGAGGAGGUGUGCACUCUGCGCAGGAGGCUGCUGCAGGCCGAGAAGUUCACCCCGGCCCGGGAGGACAUCCUGGUGCAGGACCUGGAGGAAGCCCGGGAUGGCCGCACAGAGCUGCUGGAGCAGAUCUGCUGCCUGAGGGAGGAGAGCGAGAAACUGGCGCGGGAGAGGGGACAGCUCCUGGAGGAGAAGGAGGCCAUGGAGCUGCAGGUGAAGAAGCUGUCUCUGGACUGUGAGAUGUACCAACAGAAGAGCACUGUCAUUCAGAGCCAGCUGAGGGAGCUGCAGGCGGAGAGAGACCAGGCCUACCUGCUGCGGGACGAGGCCCAGGCCCAGAUCGCCUGCAGCCUGUCGGAGAAGGACACCCUGCGGGCGCACGUGGUGGAGCUGCAGGAGAAGCUCUUCAGCCUCAGGGCCCAGGGCGCCCAGAGGCCCCUGCAGGGCAACCCCAGGGACAGAAUGUACAGCUGGGAAUCCGGCAGUGACUGCCCCCCGUCCAGCCCCCCUCAGCCGCGCCAGCGGCCCAGACUCCGCCGCAUGGAGGCCGUGUGUCCUAAAAACGUCAGAGACCCGGACUCCAACACCGAGAGCUGUGAAGAAGGCUUCAGCAGUUUCCGGUCUCACUGCGCGGAGCCCCCGGGGCCCGAGUCCCUCCGCAGGCGGCAGGAGGAACUGCAGCUUCGCGCUGACAGCCCUGACUUGACGGACUGGGAGGUGACAUCCAUUGCUGGCUUGGAGAGUGACCUUCCACCCAUAUCUUUUCAUGAUAUUUCUAAAGGGGAUGACACAGUGCUCACUCCCAGGCCUGCGCCCUCUCUCCGCUCCAGUGCCAGCAGCUCUGGCGACGGGCCCACUGCUCCACCCUUUCUGGUCCGCUUGCGACCAAAGGCCUUGCGCAUCUCCGGACGCAUCAUGACCAUCUCCUUCCAGGGGGAGGCGCUGUUGAACCAGCUGCAGGUGAUCGGGGGGAACAAGACAGGCGUGUUCGUGCACAGCGUCGCAGAGGAGUCGUCAGCUCAAAGCGUGGGCAUCUGUCCCGGAGCGCAGAUCCUGGAGGUGCGGUGGGAGCAGGGCCGGCGCUCCACCCGUAUGGUGCUGGAGGACUCCACUCUGGAGGAGGCUCUGUGGGCACUGGGCCAGGUCCGGGGCUUCUGCCACGUCUCGCUGCGGCCCAACCAGGACGGCUACGACAAGCUGCAGCUGCAGCUGAAGAGCGGCGAGGUCACGUCGGGGGACUCCUUCUACGUGCGCGUGAACAUGGCUCUGCCGGGAGGGCCCUCCGGGGCCCUCAGCGUCACCUGCAACGACAUCCUGCACGUGACCAACACCAGGCACUGCGCCGACGGCUUCUGGAAGGCCAGCCACGUUCACGCCUGCAAGCUGCAGGACCUGAAGAGCGGCACCCUGCCCAACUACUACAGAGCCCAACGCCUGCUAAUCCGAGCUAUCGAGGACAUGGCCUUCCAUCACAGACCUGAACGGAAGUCGGAGCGGAGUCAGGCCCAGGAGAAACAGAAGUUUGUGCGCAUCGUCAGCACGGGCCGCCUGGGGCCCAACCCCCUGUGGGUGAGCGUGGAGGAGGCGGGCUCUGAGGAGGAUAUGGAGGCGGGGGACAGUGCUGUUCCCAGGAGCUGCGUGACCCUCAUGCCCUACACCCUCGUCACACCACACCACCCACCGACCUCACGUCCAGUCCUCCUCUUUCCCACAAUGCUCGGUCGCAUCAUGGAUAAAAAGCUGGGAAGCCUGCAGGGCUUCCAGAUGUGUGAGCCAGAGGUGCUGAAUGCCAGCGAGUACGCCCUGCGGACGCAGAGAGCUGAAGUGCUGGAGGACUGCGAGGCAGGCGGCCAGAAAUGCUACACUCUGCAGGGUGUGGAGAGAGUGAUAAAGCAGGGGUGCCACUGUGUUCUGCCCCUGGGCCUGGACUGUGUGCGACGACUGCACAAAGCAGAGAUCUACCCCAUCAUCAUCUACAUCACUUCCACGGACCGCAGCGCACGCAGACUCAGAGCGAAGCUUCAGCGACACGGCUGGUCGGAGGAGCAGCUCAUGGACUGCUCCCGCAGCGAGGAGCCCCUCCUGGACAAGCUGCCCUGCCUGUACCGCAGACUGCCCCCUGACAGCUGGAGCGACAGCAGCACCCUGCUGCGCGCGCUGCACAGCGCCACCCUGCUGGAGCAGAGCAAGAUAGUGUGGCUGGAGCCUGACCUGUGGUGACUGAUCCGCUGCCUGCUCCUGCCCAGCCUUUUAUACGCCUGUGUGAAGCACAUUUACUGGUCUCUCUUGUUUCUGACUUUCAUCAAUCCUUACAAACUGCCUUAUGAAUAUGCAAACCAUGUAUUGUAUAUGUGUAUGUGUGUGCGUACAACUGGGUAUGCACUUUGUUGUAGUUCGCUCUGGAUAAGACCGAGGCCAAACGCCUAUAAUGUAAUGUAACAGACAAAGUCCUGGGUGUUGUCAACUUGGCCCAGCCGUUUCUGUGAGUUUGAAUUCUGAGCUCAAAGGAAAGGGCGACGCACUUGUUGGUUUGAAAGUGAAGCAAUGUAACUGACGAUGCUGAAGAGUAAUUGGGCACAGUGGAGUAUUGUGAUGGGCAGUGCCUGAGAGAACAGCACUGAUGCAGAAGGUGGCCAUCAGUCAUCGCCUGCCAUGCCAGGAAUGAGGAUGUAAGGUGGCUUGCCGGGAACUCCCCUGAUUCAUCACUGAGUUAUAUCCUGUUGUUAGUUAGCUCCUCCUUCUUCUUGACAGCACUGAUUCAAAUCUUCCAGCCAGCCCUGCCAAAAUAUGUACCAUCAAGCCUGGUGAGGACAUCGGGGAGGUAUCUGUCGUCAUUGUAACCACAAACUGUUUGGCUUGCCGAAUACAAUAUAAAAAUAUUAAAGGUUUCCCCUUUAGAUGCCAGGUGCCAUCUGUAUAUUUCAAUCAGCAGGGUGAUUCCUGUGUCAUUGCACAAGAGCUACACCUCUGGUCAGUUUGGUGCCUACAGUCUACGGUGCACAGGGGUUCUGCCAUCAGUGCAAUGGCUGCAUACAUAGGGCAUCCUGUCCAGUGCAAUGUAAAAGCAAGUGAGGUUUGCAGCUGUCUCCUGAAUUGCCUGAAAAUGAUGCCGAUAUGACAUGGGCCUAUGAACACAACAGGUUACCUAGUUUACAUGACAGUCAUGUUAUCUCCGUGUAUUUCCAUUAUUGGAACUUCAAUCUUAUGCAGGGCUUUGUAUGUGAUGUAGGUAUUUGCAUCGCAAACCCAGCAAACAUGUGAAAUGCUGUAUUGUGUCAGUCUUUCACUGUACCAUUCAGAUGUUCCAUUUUCCCUUCCAGAUGAUGGUUCAUCAAAUAUGUAAUUGUCAAUAAAUAUUAAUUACUGCACUGACUA